AUGAGGCAGAAUGGAUACCGCACAAAGGCAGGCACAGCACCAGCUACCACAGACAGAACAGCCCCGAAACACCAUGGCGGCUCAGCGCCCCCCUCCCCCAGUGGGGCCCGCGGAAAUGGCGGCCGCUGCAAUGGCGCCGCCACGGCGAGGCGGAGCCGCCGGCGGAAAAAGCCGUCCCCACCACGCGGCCGCAGCGAGAUGCGCCCCGCUCGGCCCGGGGGAAACACAAAGGAAGAGGCCCGAGCCCUAGGGCGGAGCGGGGCAGCCUCCCCGCCGACCCCGAAAGCAGCUCCCAGCGCCCUACGCCAUCCCCGAGCACCGCGUUUCGGGGGGGCGGGGGGGAGAGAAGGAAGCGUGGGGGAACGCGGGGGGAGAGAGGGCUCAGCGCCGGCCGCGCUCCUCGCCUUUCCCUCCCGGGGCCUGCGGAUCGGGGCCUGCGGAUCGGCCCCUGCACCCCCGCGCCACAACUGCCUGCGCCAUCCCCGCGGGAGCGAGCUUCCCGAGCCGCCGCAUCACCCCAUGGCAGCGGGAAAGAGAGACAGCGCGGGAGACCGUUUAGUAUUGCCGUCCCGCGCCUCGGGGCGCCCCUCGGUACCUGCUGGCCCCGCCGCGCUCGGAGAGAGAAGAGGCAGCGACCCCCCCCCCGCCCACGCGCACGUCCCCCAGCGCCGCGCCGCGAUUGGCACCGCCGCGCGGCCCCCCCCGCCCCACAGGGCGAGGCCGCUGCCCGUCAGCGCACGCCGCGAGGCCUCCCCCCGCCGCCCCGCCCUCCGUGAGAGCCGGGGCCCGGCAACCCCGGCCACAAAUAAGAGGGCGGCGAUACCCCCGCCUCGGUUAGUCUUUGUUGUUUUUACCUACCCGGUGAGAGCCGCGAUGGAAGAGGCGCAGGCGGCGGGAGUCGGUAGAAGACCGAGGAGCACGACCUCAGUCGCUGGAAGAGAAAAUGGCGUCUGCGAAAACCCCGCCUUGUGUGUGUGUGGGGGGGGGGGGUGGGCCGCAGCUGCUCUCGCGAUAUUUCAAAGCGCGCGCGCACCGCAUGGCUCCGAUUGGCCGCGCGGGUUGCCGGACUCCGCGCGCCCCCCUUUUUGGGACACGGCGCCCUAG